UCGGACUCUUAUUUAUUGAAAGAAUCUUGAGUUAUAACCAAAACAAGCGUCCUACUCGCAGCUUGUUGCCUGUGGCAGAUGAGGACUCUGUUUUGAAUCGAUAUAUAGAGACAAAAAACUAAAACGCCUUGAUCAAAACAGUUAAAACCGUCGGUUGGGCUGCCUGAUCGCCUUUUUCAUUUUCUUUUUAAUUUUCUAAUUUGUCCGGACUGAAACAAAAUGCAGCAGCCUGAAACCCAGCAGGCAACUCAGCAAACAGCGACAGAAAUCCUUGAUCCAGCAGUUCAGUACCUGCGUCGGAAGAAGACGGCUCUGUGGGUGACCGUGUCUCUGCUGGCUCUAUCUCUGGUGGUGCUGACUGUGGGUCUGGUCUCUGCCACUCGCACAGACAACGUGCCUGUUUCUGGAUAUUACCCCGGCAUCACCCUGAGUUUUGGAGCUUUUCUGGGUAUUGUUGGCAUCCACCUGGUGGAAAACCGCAGACCCAUGCUCAUGGCAGCGAUCAUUGUCAUCAGUAUGGGAGUCAUCGCAUCUUUCUUCUGUGCCAUUGUGGACGGGAUCAUCGCUUCAAAGUUCAUUGACUCAAGGCUUUUGCAGGAGAACAUGUGUGACUUUUACACCAGUGGAUCGGCCUAUGCCUACGACAGCUACUACACUGAGGUGACAUGCAAAGCAUGCAAGAUGAACCUGAGGAGCAACACCUGCUUCUGCUGCUACCUGUACAACUGUGAGAGCACAGAGUACCACACACAGUACUAUGAGUUUACUGGGGUCAGCAGCUGCUGGGAUGUGGUCUACCUGUACCGUCUGAUGUGGGCCUCAGUGGUGUUCAACGUGAUUGCCUUGUUCUUGGGCAUCAUCGCUGCCGCCAUCCUCGGAGCGUACAAGGAUUUGAAAAAGCCAACUCCUCAGAUGGCUGCCAGCCCCACGCCGCCACCCCACAUCAUGUACAACCCAACCCAGCACAUGCUCACCUACGCUGGCUUCUGUCCUUCAGGACAGACUCUGCCUGCCUACCCCAACUAUCCAAUAUCCAUGCAGCAUAACAACAGCUUUCAUCCACCUACUACUCCCCAUCUGAUCCCUGACGGAGGCCCUGGCUCCAACUCCUGCCUGUCUGAGGAGAACCAGGGCCAGCAGCCAUCUCAGGCUCCCACACAGCAACAACCUCAGGGAGCCACCCAGGAACCAGGGGGCUACAUGUUGACACCCAACGCUCCUGUCCUCUACGGAUCCCCCUACAGCCCCUUUGAGAAACCUCCACCGUACGCCUGCUGAGCCCUCAGAUAAAUACAUGGAGCAUGUUGGAGAAGAAAUAUCUUGAUCGGGUCGGACUGAAUGUAGCUCAAGACAUGUCAUAGGUGACCUUGUAGACGGAUUCACGACUACUCUGUAGGUUACUGAUAUAAAUGCUACAUUUAAAGUGGUUGACUGAAGAGAGACACAUAUUUCAAGUUAUGUGGUGUGAUUAUAUAGACAUGAUUUAGUUAUUUCAUGUGUAUUCAUUGAGGGAAGCAGCUGUGGUAUAUAUACUUAAUUCAAAUAUGCUUAUUUGUUUUCUUGCCGAGAGUUAGAUAAGAAGAUUGAUACCACUCUCGUGUCUAUAGGUAAAUAUUAUAUACCAGCCAGCCAACUAAACUUAGCAUAAAAAUUGGAAACAGAAUUAAAACAGCCAACCUGGCUAUGCUCAAAGUAAACAAAAUCUGCCUACCAGCCUCUCUUAAGCUCACAUUUAACACAUUAUAUCUCAUUUAUUUAAUCUGUACAAAACUGAAG